UUUAUUUUGAUCUUGAAAUUUCUUCGUAAACUCGUUAUUUGCUCUAAGGGCCAUGUCCUGCCCCUGCUAGCGUCUAGCCUUAUUAGGAUUUGACAAGACUCGAAGUCUUUUUAUUACAAAUCAGCUAGCCAAUGAUUACCCGGCACAAGAGGUUUGGACGCGUGCUUUAAGUACGGUUUGUUCGGGAAGGUUUCAGCGCGCGUGAGUCAGUGGCUGGUGUUGAGAUUGUGCACGUGUAAUUAAUACAGUUGUCUACAGAGUUUAACUUAAAUAACUUUAUACACGGCUGUGGUGGUCAUCGCUAUUAACACUGACAUAUCCUGUUGCCGAUUUUAUUAGCAACUUCUGGUUUCGUUACGCGCCGGAUGAAACCUACGACGUCUUAAAUUUUACCGGAUUCUGGUUCACGGUAACACUAGUUUGAUUUAACGAAAUUUGGAAAUGGCCAGCCACAGCGACCGUUUCCGAGGGAGGCCCGCGUUCUUCCCGGCUCCACUCAAGUUCCCUGGUACUUUACAGGGCUUACAGAUGUGUAUGGGAGGGCUGGACCCCUCAGUCUACCUCACAUCUCAGCCAGGCGACGCCCAGUUCAGUUUGCAGGUUCAGCGCCCAUUCUCUUCCUCCCAAGGACUGGAGAAAGACUCAGUAUCGCCCUAUCACACGCCCUUCACGUCAACGGCAACUUUCCCUGUUAGAACCAUGUUUGGACAAACAGAGACUUACCCUACCUUGCCGACCCACCUCAUUCCAGCCUCUUCCCCCAUGAUGUCCCCCCCUGGUCUUGACAGGCAAGUGAGCUUCCUGAAUACGGGAGCAGCAAGUACCUUUAGAUCCCUGGGGGUUCCGAAUGAUCGCAGAGUUAAUGGAUUUCGUGGGUCUGCUUUUAUCCCCACAAAAUGUUUAAAACCCGACAGCUCUGAUCUGUCAUCGUCUCAAAGUUUGCAAUAUUCAAGGUAUCAAAGUACUUCAACCUCGUCCUUUCUAACUCCCCCAACCAGCAGUAGCACCCCAUCUCUAGCAGUGGGGUUAUCGUCCCCCGUUCGGGUUAAAGAAGAAUGUUCUACCGACACGCCGGCCAUCUCUCCAGAAACCCACGACCGACUGACCGGAACUCCAACUUCUGAAAGUGAAGAUCAGGCUGACCUCAAAACGGCCAAUGGAAGUCAACCUCGUCAAA